UAUACUCUGUGCUGACUUAAUAAAACAAAAAAUUGUCUAUGGUGCUGGUGUUAUGUGACAUAAUUAAUUUAAGCUCGCAAAAAUAAAUGAAGUUAAUAAAACCAUUAUAAAAUGAGAUGUUAUUGAAAUCAUCAUUGACCUAAUGUGCAUGGAAAUGAAUUUGCAGACAUUGUUUCAGGAUUUUAAUCCUAGUAAAUUUGUGGUGCACACUUGUUUGCUAAUAUUUACUGCAUUAUUAGCUUUGAAAUUGGAUAAAACUAUUACAUGGUCGUACUGGGCUGUGUUUACCCCGAUAUGGAUAUGGAAAUUUUUAGUUGUUCUUGGUGCCAUAGUUGGCACAUAUGUUUGGUGGCAGUACCCACAUUUCAGAUUAGAAGGUGAAGCAUACAUUCACUAUAAGGCAAUGCUAAUAAGUCUCGCUAUACAUUUAAUCUUGUUGAUGUUUGAACUUCUUGUAUGUGACCAGUUAAGCACAAGUAGACAUUUAUGGAUACUGGUUUUCAUACCUUUAAUAUUCAUUAGCAUUGUAUCCAUUGCAAUAUGUAUAUGGUCUGUGAAACAUGAUCGUAGCUAUGAGCUUGAAUUAUUUUGUGCUGUAAAUAUUCUACAGUUUAUAUUUUUGGCGUUAAAGCUGGAUACCUUUAUACAUUGGUCGUGGGAAGUUGUGUUUGUGCCAUUAUGGAUACUAAUGUGCCUGAGCCUUGUAGGUGAGUGGGUCUUAUACAGUAUAAUAUUUGCUGGUAUAUUAUUACGCACGCCGGAGGUCAAUGUACAACAACGACGAACUAGCUUCAAUACAGCACUGGCCUACACAUUUACUGUCAUACCAAUAUUAGUGUUCCAGGUGCUUCUAACAAAUAAAUUGGAUAAUCGUGAUGAGUUAUCAUCAUUUUCUUACAUUGUGGUUGUAAGCCCACUGUUUAUUAGCUACGCUACCCUCAUUGUUAUGUCCUUUAGUUCUAAAGGAGGUAACAAAUGGUGGUUUGGUAUAAGGAAAGAUUUUUGUCAGUUUCUGCUGUCAGUAUUUCCUUUGUUACAAGAAUAUGCUAACAUUGCAUACAAUAAUAACGUGAACCGCUCAAGUAUGCCGAGCGAACCUGUCACACAAGAACCGUACAGGGACGAGGAGAUACAUAAAAAGGUAAAAGAUAAAAAAUCACAAAAGAAUCAAAAGAAAAACGAAGCAAUGAAACCUGUGGUGCCCGUGACCAGUAUAGACAUGCCGGAUUGACGUAAGUUGAAAGUGUUGUAUCAAUUUUAAUGUGAAUUUAAAAUGGGCCCUUACAAAAAAAAUUUGUGUCCUAUUCCAGCAUUAUCCCUUUUGACUGUCAAUAAGAACUAAUAUUGUAUAAUAUUAGUUCAAGGAACAAAGACAGAUCUGUUAUCUUUAAAAAUGGGGGAAGGGGUUAUUUAAGCCCCAAUUUGAGGGGUCGUAGUGAAAAAUAAAGCACGUUUUAUAGUGUUGUUUUAAAGAAAA